AUGAGGAAACACCAAGUCUCAAUUACUUGGUUGACGAAGUAUUUUAGAGACCAUUACGAGAGUCAUCCCCUAACCGAGGAAAGUCCAGAGGAUGAGAAGGAGAGAUAUGCUCGUGUCUAUCUUAUAGGCAUGAUCGGAGGAGUGUUCUUCUCCAAAAAAUCAAGCAAUCUCCUUAGUUGUGGAUGGCUUAAGAUCAUCCUCGGUAGUUGGAAGGAGAUGGGGGAGUAUAGCUGGGCAUCCGCUUGCCUAGCUAAUAUCUACCACAACUUGUGCAAUGCGUCUCUAAAAGCUGUGAGGGAGGUCGGCGGCGCAAUGUUCAUCGUCCAAUUUUUGGCUUGGGAGCAUAUGCCAUGGAUUGCACCGGUCCAACGUCUCGACGGGGAUUGGCCAAUCGAUCAUCCCCUAAGAGGUGAAGCUUAUGGUACAAAGUGGCUCGGACACACAACAUGCGACAACCUUGCCCAACACAAGUUGGACGAGUAUCGGAGGAGGUUUGAGCGACUUUGGGAAGGAGAGGUAACUUCUAUACUU